AUGAACCAAUCACCUUCUCUAAUCGAACAGGGAAUUUCUCACCAGCACUUGAAGACUGUAUCUUGUGCAAAUGUUCUCACAUUGGCUUACCAGAGCCUUGGAGUGAUCUAUGGAGAUCUAAGCACAUCGCCUCUCUAUGUUUACAAAACAACUUUCUCUGGGAAACUAAGUCUCCAUGAAGACGAUGAAGAGAUCUUUGGAGUGUUCUCUUUCAUCUUCUGGACAUUCACAAUUAUAGCUCUCUUCAAAUACAUUUUCAUUGUUCUCUCAGCAGAUGACAACGGAGAAGGUGGAACAUUUGCCUUGUACUCACUUCUCUGCAGGUAUGCAAAGCUAAGCGUUUUACCAAAUCAUCAAGAAAUGGAUGAGAAGCUGUCAACCUAUGCAACUGGAAGCCCUGGAGAGACUCGGCAAAGCGCAGCGGUUAAAUCUUUCUUUGAGAAACAUCCGAAAUCACAAAAGUGUUUGCUGCUCUUUGUGCUUUUAGGGACAUGUAUGGCCAUUGGUGAUAGUGUCCUCACUCCAACAAUCUCAGUUCUUUCAGCUGUUUCUGGAGUCAAGCUCAAGAUUCCCGAACUUCAUGAGAAUUAUGUUGUGAUCAUCUCCUGUAUCAUCUUGGUAGCGAUAUUCUCAGUGCAGCGUUACGGUACGCAUAGAGUAGCCUUCAUUUGCGCUCCAAUCUCCACUGCUUGGCUUCUCUCAAUAAGCAGCAUUGGAGUGUACAACACUAUAAAAUGGAACCCUCGUAUAGUCUCUGCGCUCUCACCGGUUUACAUGUACAAGUUCCUCAGAAGCACCGGCGUUGAAGGUUGGGUUUCACUUGGAGGAGUCGUUCUUUCAAUCACUGGUGUUGAGACUAUGUUUGCUGACUUAGGCCACUUCUCUUCUCUGUCCAUAAAGGUGGCUUUCUCGUUCUUUGUAUACCCUUGUUUGAUUCUUGCAUACAUGGGUGAGGCUGCUUUUCUCUCUAAACACCAUGAAGACAUUCAGAGAAGCUUCUACAAGGCCAUACCCGAGCCUGUGUUCUGGCCAGUGUUCAUCGUGGCUACAUUUGCAGCUGUUGUUGGAAGCCAAGCGGUCAUAUCGGCGACGUUUUCGAUCAUAAGCCAAUGCUGUGCGCUCGAUUGCUUCCCUCGUGUCAAGAUCAUUCACACUUCAAGCAAAAUCCACGGACAAAUCUAUAUCCCUGAAGUUAACUGGAUGCUGAUGUGCCUCUGCUUGGCGGUUACAAUCGGUUUAAGAGACACUAACAUGAUCGGUCACGCUUACGGACUCGCUGUGACCUCUGUGAUGCUGGUGACAACUUGUUUGAUGGCUUUAGUGAUGACAAUCGUCUGGAAACAGAGGACGGUUACGGUUUUCUUGUUCUUGCUCUGUUUCGGCUCCAUAGAGCUUCUCUACUUCUCUGCAUGCGUCUACAAGAUACCUGAAGGAGGAUGGAUUCCGAUUCUCCUCUCCUUGACGUUCAUGGCGAUCAUGUACAUAUGGAACUACGGAACCACAAAGAAACACGAAUUCGACGUCGAGAACAAGGUCUCCAUGGACAGGAUCGUCGCUCUGGGACCGAGUAUCGGUAUGGUUAGAGUUCCGGGGAUCGGAUUAGUCUACUCGAAUCUAGUCACCGGAGUUCCGGCUGUCUUCGGCCAUUUCGUGACGAACUUGCCGGCGUUUCACCGGAUUCUAGUGUUUGUGUGUGUGAAGUCUGUUCAGGUUCCGUACAUUGGAGAGGAAGAGAGGUUUGUGAUAAGCAGAGUUGGUCCAAAGGAGUAUGGGAUGUUUAGGAGUGUGGUUAGGUAUGGAUACAGAGACGUACCGAGGGAAAUGUAUGAUUUUGAAAGCCGGUUAGUGUCUGCGAUUGUGGAGUUCGUGGAAACCGAACCGGGAAGGGAAGAGGAGGAAGAGAGGAGGGUGAUGAAGGAGGAGUGUAGGGAGAUAAUGGAAGCGAGAGAAGCAGGAGUGGCGUAUAUAUUGGGACAUUCUUAUGCGAAAGCGAAGCAGUCUUCUUCGGUGUUGAAGAAAUUGGCGGUGAAUGUUGUGUUUGCGUUUAUGAGCACGAACUGCAGAGGAACUGAUGUUGUGCUUAAUGUUCCUCAUACUUCUCUGCUUGAAGUUGGGAUGGUUUAUUACGUCUGA